AUGGCUCGGUUCGGAGAUGAUCUGCCCACCCGCUAUGGAGGCGGCGGUCCGGCCGGGGCUGGACGAGGGAGCAGCCGGCAAGGUGGCCCUCCACCCGGCCAAAGGAUGUACAAGCAGUCGAUGGCCCAGAGAGCCCGGACGAUGGCUCUCUACAACCCCAUCCCCGUCAAACAGAACUGCUUCACCGUCAACAGAUCCCUCUUCAUCUUCAGCGAGGAUAACGUUAUUCGGAAAUACGCCAAGAGGAUAACCGAAUGGCCUCCGUUUGAAUACAUGAUUUUAGCGACAAUCAUAGCCAAUUGCAUUGUUCUGGCUUUGGAGCAGCAUCUACCAGAGGAUGACAAGACACCCAUGUCAGAGAGAUUGGAUGAUACUGAGCCGUACUUUAUUGGAAUAUUUUGUUUUGAAGCUGGUAUAAAAAUCAUCGCUCUGGGGUUUGUUUUUCACAAAGGCUCUUAUCUCCGAAACGGCUGGAACGUGAUGGAUUUUGUCGUUGUCCUCACAGGGAUUCUAGCCACCGCUGGGACUGAUUUUGACCUACGAACCCUGCGAGCUGUUCGGGUAUUGAGACCUUUGAAGUUGGUGUCAGGAAUCCCAAGUUUGCAGGUUGUCCUCAAGUCCAUCAUGAAGGCCAUGGUGCCCUUGCUCCAGAUUGGGCUGCUUCUCUUCUUUGCUAUUGUGAUGUUCGCCAUCAUUGGGCUGGAGUUCUACAUGGGGAAGUUUCAUAAAACCUGCUUCUCGAACGAAACAGGUGAGGAGGUGGGAGAUUUUCCUUGUGGAGAGGAUCCCCCGGCCAGGCAAUGUGAGAAUGGAACCACAUGCAGGAAAUACUGGCCAGGCCCCAACUAUGGAAUCACCAACUUUGACAAUAUUCUGUUUGCUGUGCUAACUGUCUUCCAGUGCAUCACCAUGGAGGGCUGGACUGACAUCCUCUACAAUACCAAUGAUGCCGCAGGAAAUACCUGGAACUGGCUUUACUUCAUCCCUCUCAUCAUCAUUGGCUCUUUCUUCAUGCUCAACCUGGUGCUGGGCGUCUUAUCAGGCGAGUUCGCCAAAGAGCGCGAGAGGGUGGAGAACCGCCGGGCCUUCCUGAAGCUCCGUAGGCAGCAGCAGAUCGAACGGGAGCUGAACGGGUACUUGGAGUGGAUCUUCAAGGCAGAGGAGGUGAUGCUGGCAGAAGAAGACAAGAAUGCCGAAGAGAAGUCCCCCCUGGAUGGGAGGGCUGCCUCCGAAGGGCCUAUUCAGCAAGGCACAGCACCGGCGGAGACUGGCGGCAGCAGCUACAACAUGUUGAAAAGAGCUACAAUAAAGAAGAGCAAAAACGACCUGAUUCAUGCUGAAGAGGGGGAGGACCAUUUCACAGACAUUUGCUCCGUUGGGUCUCCAUUUGCCCGGGCCAGUCUGAAGAGUGGAAAGAAUGAGAGCUCCUCGUAUUUCCGGAGGAAGGAGAAGAUGUUCCGGUUCUUCAUCCGGCGCAUGGUGAAAGCACAAAGCUUCUACUGGAUCGUCCUGUGUGUCGUCACCCUGAACACUCUGUGCGUCGCCAUGGUGCAUUAUGACCAGCCGGAGGGGCUCACCACUGCUUUGUAUUUUGCAGAGUUUGUUUUCCUGGGUCUGUUCCUUACUGAGAUGUCCUUGAAGAUGUACGGACUGGGGCCAAGAAAUUACUUCCACUCCUCGUUCAACUGCUUCGACUUUGGGGUGAUAGUGGGGAGCAUUUUUGAAGUGAUUUGGGCAGCAGUGAAGCCAGGUACCUCAUUUGGCAUCAGUGUAUUGAGAGCUCUUCGACUGCUGAGGAUUUUCAAAGUAACCAAAUACUGGAACUCCCUAAGGAAUCUGGUGGUCUCCUUGCUGAACUCCAUGAAAUCCAUCAUCAGUUUGCUCUUCCUGCUCUUCCUGUUCAUUGUGGUGUUUGCUCUGCUGGGAAUGCAGCUCUUUGGAGGACAGUUUAAUUUCCAAGAUGAAACACCGACCACAAACUUCGAUACGUUCCCUGCUGCCAUCCUCACUGUGUUCCAGAUACUGACUGGCGAAGACUGGAAUGCAGUGAUGUAUCAUGGGAUAGUAUCACAAGGUGGGGUCCACUCAGGAAUGUUCUCUUCCAUUUACUUCAUCGUCCUGACGUUGUUUGGUAACUACACACUCCUGAAUGUCUUCUUGGCUAUUGCUGUCGACAAUCUUGCGAAUGCACAAGAGCUAACCAAGGAUGAAGAGGAGAUGGAAGAAGCUACCAAUCAAAAGCUUGCACUCCAGAAGGCCAAGGAGGUAGCAGAAGUCAGUCCCAUGUCUGCAGCUAAUAUUUCCAUAGCAGCUUUUGUAAAGCAAACUCGAGGUACUGUAUCUCGCAGCUCGUCAGUCUCCAGCGUAAAUUCACCCAAACAGCAGAACUCCUCCAAAUCCAAGUCCGUUUGGGAACAGAGGACCAGCCAGAUCCGGAUGCACAAUUUCCGGGCCAGCUGCGAGGCGCUGUACAAUGAGCUCGAUCCGGAGGAGCGGGUGCGCUAUGCUACCACCCUCCACAUCCGGCCAGACAUGAAGACCCAUUUGGAUCGGCCUCUGGUGGUAGAGCCAAGGACCGAAGGGCGGAACAACGUCGGUAAGCUAAGCCCGGUGGACGUUCAGGAGACUGAGCAGGUCAAGGCCACCUCUGCCGACAAUGCAGAAGUGCCACGGAAGCACCACCGGCAUCGGGAUAAAGACAAAAUGGGAGAGCAGGAGAAGAGCGACGUGGCCAAGGAUGAGAACGGGGAGUCUGGCACGAACAAUAAGGAGGAACGACACAGGCAGCACAGGAGCCGCAGCAAAGAAGGAGAGGGGGGCAGCAAGGAAGGAAAAAGCGAGCGCAACAGAAGCCAGGAAGGGGGUAAAAGGCAUCAUCGUCGAGGCUCCGUGGAAGAAGGGACUGAGAAGGAGUACCGGCGGCACCGGCCUCACCGGCACUCAGCGGAGAGGCAAGCAAAGGAAGGCAAUGGGACAGCCAACGGUGCCAGAAGCGAGCGGCGUUCACGUCACCGAGGAGGGUCAAGGUCAGGGAACCGGGAAGGCGAUCCCGGCUUGAAAGGAGAGAAUGGGGAAGAGCCCCACAGACGAUACAAGAUCCGGCACAGAGCUCUGUCGACAUAUGAGUCGGUGGAGAAGGAGAAUGGGGAGAAGGAAGGAGAGGCUGGGGAGAAAGAUCUUAAGAACCAUCAGCCCAGGGAAACUCAGUGUGAGAUAGAGGCUGGGGGUAGCGUGAGCGUCGUCCCAGUUCAUACCCUGCCCAGCACCUACCUGCAGAAAGUGCCCGAGCAGCCAGAAGAUGCUGACAACGAGAAGAAUGUGACACGGAUGACUCAGCCACCACUGGACAAAACCACCACUGUGAACAUCCCCGUCACCAUCACCGCGCCUCCAGGGGAGACCACUGUCAUACCAAUGAACAACGUUGAAUUUGAAAGUAAAACGGAAGAGAAGAAAGAUAUGGAGAUUGAUGACUUGACAAAAAAUGGGCCUAAGCCAAUCCUGCCUUAUAGCUCCAUGUUUAUCUUAAGCCCUACAAACCCAAUCCGACGCCUGUUUCAUUACAUUGUGAACAUGCGCUACUUUGAGAUGGUCAUCCUCAUCGUCAUAGCACUGAGCAGCAUUGCCCUGGCUGCCGAAGACCCUGUCCAAGCUGAGUCUCCAAGGAAUGAUGCGCUGAAGUAUCUGGAUUAUAUAUUUACGGGUGUCUUUACCUUCGAGAUGGUGAUAAAGAUGAUUGACCUGGGGCUGCUGCUUCAUCCUGGCUCCUAUUUCCGUGACCUGUGGAACAUCUUGGAUUUUAUUGUGGUCAGUGGGGCCCUGGUGGCAUUUGCCUUCUCGAGUUUCAUGGGAGGAAGCAAAGGCAAAGACAUCAACACAAUCAAGUCACUGCGAGUCCUGCGAGUCCUAAGACCACUGAAGACUAUCAAGCGUCUGCCCAAGUUAAAGGCUGUCUUUGACUGCGUGGUGAAUUCCCUGAAGAACGUCCUCAAUAUCCUAAUUGUUUACAUGCUCUUCAUGUUCAUUUUCGCUGUCAUUGCUGUGCAACUCUUCAAAGGCAAAUUCUUCUACUGCACGGAUGAGUCCAAGGAGCUAGAAAAGGACUGCAGGGGUCAGUAUCUGGAUUAUGAGAAGAGUGAGGUGGAGGCACAGCCCAGGCAGUGGAAAAAGUAUGAGUUUCACUAUGACAAUGUCCUCUGGGCUCUGUUAACGCUGUUCACUGUCUCCACAGGAGAGGGGUGGCCAACUGUAUUGAAGCAUUCGGUGGAUGCUACAUAUGAGGAGCAGGGUCCCAGCCCUGGUUAUCGAAUGGAAAUGUCCAUCUUUUACGUGGUGUACUUUGUUGUCUUCCCCUUCUUCUUUGUGAAUAUAUUUGUGGCGUUAAUCAUCAUCACCUUCCAGGAGCAAGGAGAUAAAGUGAUGUCGGAAUGCAGUCUAGAAAAAAACGAGAGGGCCUGCAUAGACUUCGCCAUAAGUGCCAGGCCACUGACCCGCUACAUGCCUCAAAACAAGCAGUCUUUUCAGUACAAGAUGUGGAAGUUUGUGGUGUCCCCUCCCUUUGAAUAUUUUAUCAUGGUCAUGAUUGCACUCAAUACUAUUGUGCUGAUGAUGAAGUUCUAUGGUGCUCCAGACGCAUAUGAAGAAAUGUUGAAAUGCCUGAAUAUUGUAUUUACAUCUAUGUUUUCAAUGGAAUGCGUUUUGAAGAUCAUUGCCUUUGGUGUACUGAAUUAUUUCCGAGAUGCCUGGAACGUCUUUGAUUUCGUAACAGUUUUGGGAAGUAUUACUGAUAUUUUAGUAACAGAGAUUGCGGAAACGGACAACUUCAUCAACCUCAGCUUCCUGCGGCUCUUCAGGGCAGCCAGACUUAUCAAACUUCUUCGCCAGGGUUACACCAUCCGCAUUCUGCUCUGGACAUUUGUACAGUCUUUUAAGGCCUUGCCUUAUGUGUGUCUCCUCAUUGCGAUGCUCUUCUUCAUCUAUGCCAUUAUCGGCAUGCAGGUAUUUGGAAACAUUGCACUAGAUGAUGAUACCUCAAUUAAUCGACACAACAACUUCAGAACUUUCUUGCAAGCCCUGAUGCUAUUGUUCAGGAGUGCCACCGGGGAAGCUUGGCACGAGAUCAUGCUGUCCUGCCUCAGUAACAGAGCCUGCGACAAACUCUCCGGCCUCACCAAAAACGAAUGUGGCAGUGACUUUGCCUAUUUUUACUUCGUCUCUUUCAUCUUCCUUUGUUCCUUUCUGAUGUUGAACCUGUUUGUGGCUGUAAUCAUGGACAACUUUGAGUACCUGACACGAGACUCUUCCAUCCUAGGACCCCAUCACCUGGAUGAGUUCAUUCGGGUCUGGGCUGAAUACGACCCAGCUGCCUGCGGGCGCAUCAGUUACACUGACAUGUAUGAGAUGCUGAGACACAUGUCCCCACCUCUAGGCCUGGGAAAGAAAUGCCCUGCUCGAGUUGCCUAUAAGCGCCUGGUGCGGAUGAACAUGCCGAUCUCGGACCCGGACUUAACGGUCCACUUCACUUCCACGCUGAUGGCCUUGAUCCGGACCGCUCUAGAAAUCAAACUCGCGUCAGCGGGUGUGAAGCAGCACCAGUGUGAUGCCGAGCUGAGGAAAGAGAUCUCUCUGGUUUGGCCCAAUCUGUCCCAGAAGACAUUGGACUUGUUGGUGCCUCCCCAUAAACCUGACGAAAUGACUGUGGGGAAGGUCUAUGCCGCUCUCAUGAUAUUCGACUUCUACAAGCAGAAUAAAAACAGCAGGGAACAAGUGCACCAGCCACCUGGAGGUCUUUGCCAGGUACCCAGCAACAAGACGCUGUUCCCUCUUCUCACUCCCACCAAGACUGGGCCAGUGUCGUUGUUCCACCCCUUGAAAGCAACCCUGGAGCAAACCCAGCCUCUGGUGUUCAACCAUGCUAAAGCAUUCCUUCGCCAGAAAAGUUGCACCUCGCUCAACAAUGGGGGCACAUUGCCAGCCCCAGAGAGCGGGAUCAAGGAGUCUGUUUCGUGGGGGACUCAGCGCACUCAGGAUGUGUUUUACGAAACCAGGACCCCAGCUUUUGAACGAGGCCACUCGGAAGAAAUUCCCAUUGAGCGGACAAGCAAACAGGUUGUAGAAAUGAGAGAAAUCAGCCCCACCCUGGCCAACGGAGAACACCAGCUUGGCCUGGAGAGCCAGGGGCGGGCGGCUUCCAUGCCGCGUCUGGCCGCCGAAACUCAGGUGAGGGAGGGAGGCUUUACUGGCAAUGGAAAACUUACACCCAUCCCAGACACCAGCCCCAUGAAGCGCUCCAUCUCCACGCUGACGCCGCAGCGCCCGCAUGCCAUGCACCUGUACGAGUAUUCCCUGGAGCGCAUGCCCCCGGACCAGGCUCAUCACCACCAUCACCAUCGCUGCCAUCGACGGAGAGACAAGAAGCAGAAGUCGUUGGACAGGUCACCCAACCAGCUGGCCGAUGGGGAUGCCGGUGAGGCGUCUUCCAAGGAUAAGAAGCAAGAACGAGGCAGGUCCCAAGAGAGAAAGCUGCACUCUUCCUCUUCCUCCGAAAAACAGCGCUUCUACUCCUGCGACCGCUACGGGAGCCGGGACCGUUCUCAGCCCAAAUCAGCUGAUCACAGCAGGCCCACCUCGCCCAAUGGGGGGCUGGAGCCAGGCCCCCACAGACAGGGUAGUGGUUCAGUUAAUGGGAGCCCCUUGCUGUCGACAUCUGGUGCUAGCACCCCGUGCCGCGGGCGGAGGCAGCUCCCGCAGACUCCGCUGACCCCCCGCCCCAGCAUCACUUACAAGACCGCCAACUCCUCACCCGUGCACUUCACCAGUUUCCAAACCAGCCUGCCCGCUUUCUCCCCGGGGCGCCUGAGCCGAGGUUUGUCUGAGCAUAAUGCGUUACUGCAUGGGGACUCUCAGAGCCACUCACGCUCCCCGGUGGCCCGCAUUGGUUCCGACCCCUACCUUGGACACCGCGACGACAGUGACAGCCCGCACCGUGUCGUGCCCGAGGACACGCUCACCUUCGAGGAGGCUGUCGCCACCAAUUCAGGAAGGUCCUCAAGGACUUCUUACGUCUCGUCCUUGACUUCCCAGUCUCACCAAAUCCGCAGGGUUCCCAACGGCUACCACUACACGUUGGGCCUCAGCACGGGCCCUGGGACAUGCGCCAGAACCCGUAGCUAUUACCACGAAGCCGAUGAGGACGACUGGUGCUAG